GGAAAAGCACGUAAGACAAGAAAAAUUGUGGAAAAAAGGUUUGCAAAAAUGAAGAAAAUGAUAAGUCCUAGUGACAGUAGGAUAAAAGCUAAGGAAAGAGCAGAGCCAAAGAAGAAGAAACCUGUUGACCCACAUGAAAUGAAGAUCCGAGAAGUUCCACAAGCCAGCUCUGCAUUGUUCUUUCAAUACAACACUCAGUUAGGACCACCAUAUCACAUUCUGGUUGAUACAAAUUUCAUCAACUUUUCAAUUAAGAAUAAGCUAGACAUUUUACAGAAUAUGAUGGAUUGUUUGUAUGCCAAAUGUAUCCCGUACAUAACAGACUGUGUUUUGGGUGAAUUAGAGAAACUUGGAAGAAAGUAUCGUGUAGCAUUAAGAAUAAUUAAAGACCCUCGCUUUGAGAGAAUUGCUUGCCUGCAUAAAGGCACUUAUGCUGAUGAUUGCAUUGUACAGAGGGUGACACAACAUAAAUGUUACAUAGUAGCAACAAAUGAUAAAGAUCUCAAAAGGAGAAUAAGGAAGAUUCCUGGUGUUCCAAUAAUGUAUGUUGCUGAUCAUAAGUACACAAUAGAAAGGAUGCCUGAUGCGUAUGGUGCUCCAAAAGGAGCAAUUUGAUGAUAAUAAAGAAUAUGAGUUACAA